UGUCCUAGUUCUAUGAAGGUUAUGGACAGACUGAAUGCACAGCUGGAUGCUCACUGUCACUGCCUGGUGACUGGACAGCAGGUCAUGUUGGAGCACCAAUGCCAUGCAGCAUCAUCAAGCUUGUUGAUGUACAAGAAAUGAAUUACUUGGCUGCCAAAGGAGAGGGUGAGGUGUGUGUGAAAGGGCCAAAUGUAUUUUGUGGCUAUUUGAAAGAUCCAGAAAAAACAGCAGAAGCUCUGGACAAAGAUGGCUGGCUUCACACAGGAGAUAUUGGGAAGUGGCUACCAAACGGUACAUUGAAGAUCAUUGACCGGAAAAAACACAUAUUUAAACUAGCGCAGGGAGAGUACAUAGCACCAGAGAAAAUAGAAAAUGUGUAUCUGAGAUGUGAAGCACUUGCUCAGGUGUUCGUCCAUGGAGAGAGCUUGCAGGCCUUCUUAGUAGCUAUUGUGGUACCUGAUCCUGAGACUUUGCGCAACUGGGCCAAGAAGAAGGGAUUUGAAGGCUCAUAUGAAGAGCUAUGCAAAAAUAAGGACCUCAAAAACCACAUUCUGGAAGACAUGGUGAAGAUUGGGAAAGAAUCUGGUUUGAAGUCAUUUGAACAGGUCAAAGACAUCGUCGUGCACACUGAAAUGUUUUCUAUUGAAAACGGCCUGCUGACACCAACACUGAAGGCAAAGAGACCAGAACUGCGAAAAUAUUUCCAGUCACAGAUAGAUGAACUCUAUGCUAAUGCCAAAAUGUAACUGAGAAUGGAAUGAGGAAAGUGGCACGCAUCUGUCUACUGUUGGCCUUCAUAUCUGUAAUUUGACUACAGCAAACAUAGGGAAGGAAACUGUGCAAUCAUUAACUUGUACAAAAAUGGGUACUUGCCAUAGGAACACUGAAGAGAUGGAACACUGCCUUACUGUCAAGUUGUGUUGCAUACUGUUUUUAUGGUGACCUACAAUUUCCAAAAAGAGCCUUAACUAUAAAUGGUAACUAUAUGUAAGUUAUUUAAGACUUCCUUGGCCAAAAAUGGGACUUUCUUUCACCAAGGAGGUAAGGUUUUCUUAUUGCCAGCAUGUUUGCUGUCUGCAGUGUACUUUGCAGUUGUCAAUUCCACAAAGGAUUUGGCAGGUUUGAAAAUGCCUCCAAGUAUCUUGCAAUCCUCAGAAGGAUUACUUAAUCUUUUUAAAACAAAACAAAACCACACAACCAAAAAAACCCCAAAACCCAGCCCUAUGGUUGUAUAGCUGGUAUCACAUCUUGUGUUAGUCCUGAUAUUAACUGGAGCAAGGUAUCUGUGUGUUUUCUCCCUUCUAUAUCUGCAGCCAGUUCUGAGAUAUACUUUUAUAAGGUAGAAAUCAGAACUCCAAAAGGAGACCGAUGAAUACAAGUUCCUCAGAGUAAGUCUGCAUAUCAUGGUUCUGCACUGAAAGUGUGGAUGCAGUUAAUUCGGGAAGUGUAGCCUUUGCUACAUUAACACAAUUCUGGAGUGGUGCCAGCCCUGUAAAUGAACAGAUCCUAACUCUGGCAAGAACACUAGAGACCUAAAACCAAAACCAUUCAGGAGGCUGGGCUGUGCUAACAGUCAGGUAAACAUUGCACCUGUACUAGCCACUUGUUUCCCUGUAAUGAA